AGAAGAAUAGAAGAUCAAACAGAGUGGAGAAGGAAGGAGAGAGAGGGAGAGAGAGAAAGGGAGGGGGGAGAGAGAGAGUAUCAUAACGAAAUAAUUCGAUUAGGGGGUUCGUUAUUAUUGCUGCCACCGGGGGAGGAGAGAGAGAGAGUGAAGGAGGUAGUGGGGGCGGGUACGGGUGCAGGGGGUGCACCGGUUGGUGAUGGUGUAUCAGUUGAAGAGGGCAGCAGUGAUUCUGGUGGCAUUAUGGUUUUCAGUCUUCUUCUCCGGCGGUGAUGUUCGGAGAGGGAUCUUCUUCGUCGAAGGCAGCAGCACCAGCGGCGGCGGAGGCGGCGCAAGGAGCGGCGGGUUUAUCGGCGGCGGCGGGGGGUUCGGAUUAUGGGCUUCGUCUUCUUUGCCUUCCAAUGUCGGAAUAGCCAUCGCCGUGACGGCCAUGGCCGGCAUCGCCUUGGCUGCCACCGUCGUCUACUCUAGAAGGUAAUCAAAUCGAAUCAAAUCAAACCAUACCGAUCAAUCAAUCGGAGUAGUAACCUGACCUCACAUCGUCAGCACUUGACAAAACCCUAGAAAAUAGAAAGGAAAAAAAAACCCUAGGUAGGUAGAUGCUUACGGAACAGAAACACUUAAUGAGAGCGCUACGGCGAAGUAACACGUCAUCGCCGUCGUCGUCGAAUUCCUCUUCGCCGUCGUCGUCCUGGAUUCAUUUGCGAUCGGUUCUAUUAGUCGUUGCUUCCUCCUCACCAGUUUCCACGGAUCGGGGGAGUCUUAAAUCACCUUGGUCGCGUAGGAGAAGGAAACAUGCCCUGCUGCCCAAACAAUGGAAAAGUCUGUUUAAGCCAGAUGGAAAAAUUUCUGAUGGUGGAAUUAAGUUUUUGAAGAAAGUUCGAAGCGGAGGCGUUGAUCCAAGUAUAAGAGCAGAGGUUUGGCCGUUCCUCCUUGGAGUCUAUGACGUGAAUAGUUCCAAGGAAGAAAGAAAUUCCAUAAAAGCGCAGAAGAGAAAAGAAUAUGAAAAUCUGCGGGGACAGUGCUGGCAAAUUCUAAAAUGCAGCGAUGAGAGCUGUAAGUCGAAGGAAAUUUCUGGAAAUAGUAGCAAUGAGGGCAGUGGGAAUUUCAGUGAAGUUCUAGAGUCUGCUGGCUUAGAAGAUAUCACAAGGAAGUCAUUUUCAGCUGAGGGAGGGAGCCAAGUGGCUGAAAAUUUAGACCAGCCUGUGCACACUCCAGUUCUUGAACCCUCCUCUGACUCGCUAUUUGAAGUAGAUGGUGAUAAGAGUGGGAUUGCCCUUGAAGAUGUCUCACCAGGUGAUACUGAGUCUUCUGACUCCGACUCUUCUGAUGAAUACGAAGAUAUACGAUUUUUAUUUUCCACUGAAGGAGAUGAACAAAACAAUAUUGACGAGCAUGCUGAUGAGAGUUCCUCUUCCCCCAAAACAGUAACAAGGUCCAAAUCUCACACGCCUGAAGAUUUUGCAACUUGGCAGAGGAUCAUCCGCCUUGAUGCUGUGCGGACAAAUGCUGAAUGGAUAGUUUAUUCUCCGUCCCAGGCAGCAGUGUCGGAGACAGAGGCACAGAGGUUAGCCGAGAGUGUUGGAUUGAAAGACUACGAUCACCUGGAGCCAUGCAGGAUCUUCCAUGCUGCUCGCCUUGUUGCCAUUCUUGAAGCCUACGCACUUUACGACUCCGAGAUUGGUUACUGUCAAGGAAUGAGCGAUUUACUCUCUCCAAUCAUUUCGGUGAUAGAGGAUGACCAAGAGGCCUUCUGGUGCUUUGUGGGUUUCAUGAGGAAAGCUCGGCACAACUUUCGGCUUGACGAAGUCGGGAUCCGAAGGCAGCUGAGCAUUGUGUCAAAGAUUAUCAAGUGCAAGGACUCUCAUCUUUACAAGCACCUAGAGAAGCUCCAGGCAGAGGAUUGCUUUUUUGUAUACAGAAUGGUCGUAGUUCUCUUCAGGAGAGAGCUAAACUUUGAGCAGACGCUUUGCCUGUGGGAGGUGAUGUGGGCAGAUCAAGCAGCGAUCAGAGCAGGGAUCGGUAAAUCCGACUGGGGAAGGAUGAGGCUGAGAGCUCCUCCGACGGAAGAUCUGCUGCUCUAUGCAAUAGCAGCCUGUGUGCUGCAGAGGAGGAAGCUGAUCAUAGAAAAGUACUGCAGCAUGGAUGAGAUCAUGAGGGAGUGUAAUAGCAUGGCUGGGCAUUUGGAUGUUUGGAAGCUUCUUGACGAUGCCCAUGACUUGGUGGUCAACCUGCAUGACAAGAUGUUAGAGAAACCCUCCUGAAACCUUUGGCCUUCGCAAAAUGAAUCCUUAUUGUUCACUGAUGUGUUUUUUUUCUUUUUCUUUUGUUCUUCGUCAAGUUGGUGCUGAAAUACAGCAUUUGAUAGGCAAUUUCUGUACCUAAAAAAAAAAAAAGAGAAUUAAUUGUGGGAUUGUUGAUGUAUUGCCCGCACUCGCGGCGCUUUUGAGUGAUAGUGGCAAAGGUUAGCAAUUUAGAAUGAACUUUGUUCUUAUAUAAGUAAUAUCCAUUGCGUACACCUCCA